GGGCUGAUGGGAAAUGGAGUGCCGCUCUUUCCAAGAUGGCUGCCCGCAGUGUCAGCAUGGACAACAAUGACCAAAGUCAUCCAAAACUUAGUAAAACUGAGAAGAAAUUCUUGAGGAAACAGACCAAAGCCAGACACACGUUGCUGAGACACGAAGGCAUUGAAAGUGUAUCCCAUGCCACUGAGAGCCUGGUUGUUGCCAAUGGAGGUUUGGGUAAUGGUGUGAGUAGGACCCAGCUGCUUAGGGCAUUAGAAAGAUGCGGAUCAGUGGAAGCUCUCUUAAUGCCACCUAACAAGCCCUACUCUUUUGUAAGAUAUAGGACCAAAGAAGAAUCCAAAAAAGCCUAUGUAACCCUCAAUGGAAAGGAAAUGGUAGAUGACUUGGGACAGAAUAUCACUCUGUACUUAAACUUUGUGGGAAAAGUGCAUUGGGAAGAUCUCAGGCCUCCAGUAUUACCUCCAGGCCUCAUAAUUGUAGAAGAAAUUGUUUCUACCGAGGAUGAGAAAAUGUUAUUGGAAAGUAUUGAUUGGACUGACAAUUCUAUUGGUCAAAACCCUCAGAAAUCUUUAAAACAUAGAAGAGUAAAGCAUUAUGGAUAUGAAUUUCGCUAUGAUAAUAACAAUGUAGAUAAGGAUAAACCAUUACCUGGAGGUCUUCCUGAUAUUUGUAACAGUAUUUUAGAGAAGUGUUUGAAAGAAGGAUACAUUAAAUAUAUCCCUGACCAGUUGACAAUAAAUCAGUAUGAACCUGGGCAGGGAAUUCCUCCUCACAUUGACACACAUUCUGCUUUUGAGAAUGAGAUCAUUUCUCUCAGUUUGGGAGCAGAGAUUGUCAUGGAUUUUAAGCAUCCAGAUGGUCGUACGGUGUCAGUUAUGCUGCCCCAACGGAGUUUGCUGGUGAUGACAGGAGAAUCUAGAUACCUUUGGACCCAUGGAAUCACUCCCAGAAAAUUUGAUGUUAUUCAGGCGUCUGAGGGACAGAAAAGUGGAAUUAUCACUAGUGAUGUUGGAAACAUAACAUUAAAUAAAAGAGGAGUGCGGACCUCAUUUACAUUUAGAAAAGUGAGGAGAACACCUUGUGAUUGCAGUUACCCUUUGGUCUGUGACAGUCAGAGUUUUCAUCAGAAUGAAGCUUUCCCCUCCUUCCCAGAAAAUGACAAAGAAGCCUCAGAACUGGAACAGGUGUAUGUCCAUAGAGUUUAUGAGGAGAUAGCAGAACACUUCAGCAGCACAAGGCAUACCCCUUGGCCCCAAAUUGUGGCAUUCCUGAAAGCUUUACCAAAGGGCUCAAUAGUGGCAGAUAUAGGAUGUGGAAAUGGAAAAUAUCUAGGCCUGAAUAAGGAGAUAUAUAUGAUUGGUUGUGAUCGUAGUCAAAACCUCGUCGAGAUAUGUGGGGAAAGGCAGUUUGAGGCUUUUGUCUGUGAUGCCCUGGCUGUGCCCAUUCGGAGUGAGACAUGUGAUGCUUGCAUUUCCAUUGCUGUUAUUCACCAUUUUGCAACACCAGAAAGAAGACUGGCAACCCUCCAAGAACUGGCUCGACUUCUGAGGCCUGGAGGAAAGGCUCUUAUUUACGUCUGGGCAAUGGAACAAGAAUACAAUAAGCAGAAGUCUAAGUACCUUAGGGGGAGCAGGGAUAGUGAGAAGAAGGAAGAGCAUCUCAGCAGCAAUGAGUUGGCCUCAGAGCUACUUGAGGAGCAGAAUCGUGGCACCAGCAGUCAUGAUUCUGUAUGUUCUAUCACAGCCAUUAAUGACUUGAAGGAUGGAGGUUUAAAUGGAAAUGGAGUAAUUCAUUCAAAGCUGCCAGUUCACACUAAUAGGACCUCUUUUCAUUCUCAAGAUGUACUGGUCCCCUGGCACCUCAAGAGGGACCCUAUAAGAGAUAAACGUGCCGAGCCACUGAAACUUACACCUGAUCUAGUGGCACCACAUGAGCCAAGCCCUGUAUUUCACCGCUAUUACCAUGUAUUUUGUGAAGGAGAACUGGAAGCAACAUGUAGAAUACUAAAUAACAUAAGCAUUCAGCAAAGCUACUAUGAUCAGGGAAACUGGUGUGUGAUUUUCAAAAAGCUCUGACUCUCUAAGCACUUCAUAUAGACAAGAUAUGCUUAAACAUUUAAAAAAAUGAAUUGAUCAUUUCUUUGGCCAGGAAGGAAGUCUUCUGGAGAAAAAACCACCAAACACACUUGCUUAGAAGAAUGAAGAAGCAGAGAGAUGGAAGUUUAUCAGCAGACAUCCAAUCUCUAUAUGUGUCCUGCUCAACCAUCUGGAUGACCUCAGACAA